UGAGCGAUAUUAUUUGUUCAGUGUACAAAUUGUCAAGUUUUUGUUGAUAUAUAGACGUUAUAUGGUUAAUGAAAAUAAAGGUUUCCGUAGUUAUUAUUAAUUUAAUUUCAUAAAAUGGCUACUAAGCGCAGAUAUAUUGAGGAUGAACUCUCCCGUUUCGAGGCAGAAAUAUCUAAACCUGCAUCACAGCCUACGAGGAAUUUAUUUGUUCCUUCCCAAGUAAGACCAAUAAUUGCAGCGAAUACGUAUAACCAAGUUCAGCAAAAGUUACAACAACACCCCCAAGGCAUGUCAACAUCUUCGACCACUUCUACAUCUUCAUUUGCAUCUUUGCAAGUUAAUCCACGUGUAGCCGUAGCUCCGACUGUCCUUCCACCACCAACAUUUAUGUCCACCUUUGUUCCUACGCAAGUAAAUAAUAGUGGACAAUUGAAAACUGCAACACCGUCAACUACUUCUAUUACAGCCACACCGGUCGUGGUUAGUAGUGCCCCAAAACUAUACCAAAGCAGACAAUCGGUGAAUAUAUCAGCUACACCGCAUAUCGACAUUAAUGCCAUACAAUUUGAUGUCACUCAAAAAUUAAAGAAGCUAAAAGCUGAAAAAUCUGGUCCCAAUCCUAUAGCAGAGGAAGCAAUCAAAGCUGCCAGAGCGUCAUCAGCUUUACAGUCAUUUCAAACAACAGAACGGAAGAAGAAAGAUCGCAAGACUGUACGGGUGGCGGGUGGAACUGUCUGGGAGGACUCUUCAUUAGCAGAUUGGCCUGAUGAUGAUUUUCGCAUAUUCUGCGGUGAUUUGGGUAACGAUGUAAAUGACGAAGUUUUAACCCGAACAUUUAAUAAGUAUCCGUCAUUUCAACGAGCACGUGUUAUCCGCGAUAAGCGGACUGGAAAAAGCAAAGGGUUUGGUUUUGUUAGUUUUCGAGAGCCAGCAGAUUUUAUACGUGCUAUGAAGGAAAUGGAUGGUCGUUACGUGGGCAGUAGACCAAUAAAACUACGUAAAAGUACAUGGAAACAACGGAGUUUGGAUAUAGUAAAGAAGAAGGAACGUGAGAAACAGCUCCUCUUACAAUCAUUCAAUUCAUAAUUUUUCUUAAUUAAUACAUUUUUAGUAAUGAACAUUUAUGAUAAAAAAAUA